AUGGCCGCUCCUCCUCCACCUCCGCCACCAACGCAGUACGUCUUUGCUGCCCCACCUCCACCAUGCUCGGCUCCUCCAUGUGCUCCGCAGCCGCAAGUAGUCUUCUCUCCUCCACCGCCACCACCACAGUUUGUGUAUAAUCCCCCAUGCCCUGGAUGCGCCUUGGCACCUCCACCUCCUCCACCGACAAUGCUAUUUGGAUCAGUGUCCUGCUGUUCAAUCACGGACUUCUCCUGCUGUGCUCGUCUAUUUCGCAAAAGACACACGGAGAAUAUGGAGAAAGUAGAGGAGAAAGUAGAGGAAAAAAUCGAGGAGAAGACCAACGAAAAUUUAGAAGAGACUUCCACAGAAAAAGUAGUGGAGAGGAAAGAUUAG